AUGACUAUUGAGAUGAAGAAGGGUGUUCUUGUGCGUGAACAUGUCUUAAGCAUGAUUAACAUGAUGCACGAAAUAGAAAUACAUGAGGCUAUCAUUAAUGAGCGUACACAAGUAAGAAUCAUACUUAAAUCGCUUAUUUCUGCUUUCUCUGCAUUUACAACCAACUAUAUUAUGAAUAAGUUGGGGUUCAACAUGACCGAUCUAUUGAAUGAACCACAAACAUUUGAGUCUCUUAACAAAACAAUAACUAAAUUGGCAGAGGAAAAUGUGAUAGAGGAGAAACCUUCAACCUCUGAGGAUAAAAACAAGACAAGGAAGAAGAACAUUGACAAGGACAUGAGUCCAAUUAAGGGGAAACCUCUUAUUGGCGUAGGUGUCCAAAUUGGAGAAGAAACAAUGGUGAGAACUCGUAGUGCUUCCUCUAAGAAGACCCCUAGUUCUCAAUCCAGGAAGGUGCCCUCUCCAUCGCCACCUCCAUCUGUGUCAACGGCGGCUCCAUCUGUUCCAGCACCUGCCUCAUCUGUUGGAAAGACUUGCAAAUCCAAGGCGCGCAAGAAGGUGUUCUCCCUUUCUCAUGAACACCCCAUGGUGUUUCCAGAUAUCUUAGCUGACAUUGUCGAUGUUGCACCACCAUCUGAAGUGCUGAGCCAGUCCAAGAAAAAUUCUGUGGCUCCCAAAAGGAAAUUGGGAUUGGACGCGUCUUCUUCUCCCUUGACUGCUACGAAGAAAAGAUUGAAGGCUCAUCCUCCUUCUCUGUCUUCCUCCGAAUCCGACCCUGAGGAAGAAAAGUCUAAAUCUGAAGCAACCCAUGAUACCACCUUAUCUGAUGAAACAGUUCCUGACAAUGUAGAAUCAGAGGCUGAGUCUGAUGAGCCAGAAAAAGAAGACAUUGUUCCCUCUGAACAAGAAGCCGAAUCUGACUCAGAACCAAUUGCAACUCCUUUGUCAUCCAAGGCUAAAGGGAAGAGACCUAUUUCUGAUCCUACACCUUCUCCAAAACGUUCAGUCAAGGAAUUCUAUGCCAAUCUUACUAAUGAAAUUAUUGAACCUAAAUCUUCUCUGUAUAAUAAAGUGUUUGUUAGGGGCCAUUGGUUCUCUUUUUCUCCUCAAGACAUUGCCCUUGCCUUGCAUCUUCCCCUUGAUGUCGAGGAUGAUGAUGAUGUUGCCUCUCUUGACAAGGAUACGGUUAUCACUGAAUUGGUAGGGCAAAAAAUGGUAUGGCCAUCUAAUACAGUCAUCUCGAUCUCCAAUCUCACCUACACUUAUGCUGUCCUCCAUAAGUUUGCCACAACAAAUUGGAAGCCCACUUCUCACACCACCACUAUCUCUUUUGAUAUGACUUCAUUUUUGUACAAGGUGGGGACCGGUCUUGGUAUAAAUUUGGCUUUGGUUAUUCAUGAUCAAAUCAUUGGGUUUCGCAAAGAAGACUUGGUGGCUCCCACUACUGCUGCUUCCUACAAGGCCUCUGCUCCUCCUUCUGAAGCCACUGAUGUUCCAUCAACCAAGAAAGUCAAGCCCCAAUCUCUGAAGUUUGCCUCGGAUGACAUUCCUCAUGCGUCGUCCUCUGUUGCCACAGAUUCCGGACUUGUUGCAACAGAAAUAGCUGUUGUUCGAGCCUCUAUUGAUUCUUUGGCUGAUCGAGUGAUGUCAAUUGAAGGACUGCAACACUCUGUGUUGGAGGCUGUUCAAUCUCUGUCCAAAGAUCCAGUCGUUUAG